AUGACACGCCUGUCGUUGUUAGUAUUGUCUGCGUGGACGUCUGUUAUGCAGUGCCGUGCCAUCAAAUUGGCGCAGUUGGAUCAGCUGGAGGACCAUGUGAGCGCUAACAUGACGAGAAGUUCGUACACCCUCGUUGCUUGCUAUGACUCAAGCUACACGCAAACGCGUGAUACCAGGCCGCUCAGCGAUGCGUACUGGUCUUGUGAUAUUUCCGAGUGCAUGGACUGGGUCGCUGGCUACACGUAUUUCGGCUUCGGAUGCCCCAUGAAUAGUUGUUUCGAGUGCAGGCGUGGCAACGCGAUCAACGACAACGACGCAGUCUUGGGCUGCGAGGAGUGCGGUGGGAAGGCGGAAGUCGUCCAGAUGUGUUCAGGCUCACCCGUGCUUAAGUACAAUGGUAUCGACUGGUUGAUGGGAGGCAGGCAUCGGGAUCCUGUAUACACGGCGGCGAAGCCAGGUUCCCAGCGCGAGUUCUGCCCCUCAGUGACUGCCACCCGGCCGCUCUCAGUGACUGCCGCUCCGCAGUGA